UUUGUGUCUCAGGCAGCCCCCGACAUUAGAAGAAAAUUACAGAAGCUGGAUGGGUUUCAGGGAAAGUCUCUCUCUGAGCUGGUGGCCGUAGCCCAGAAGGUGUUUGACCAGCGGGAAGAUCCUGCUAAAACUACCCAGGAACUUACACAGAAAAUGGCCAAAGUCCUCUUGGCCCGGGAGGAGCCGCCCCGAAAAGGGGCCAAGAGCGGCUCCAAGAAAAACUGGAGAAAGUUUCAGGGUCCCACGGCCCUCCGGGAACCCAGGCUAAAACUCUCGGUAGGGGGGCAACUCAUUGACUUUUUAGUGGAUACCGGGGCCACUCAUUCGGUGGUGCAGACGCCAGUGGGCCCCACUACCGCUCGGAAGAUCAGAGUGGUAGGGGCAACCGGGGUGGCCAAGAGCUACCCCACCUCGGAAGGAAGGAUCACAGACUUAGGCCGGGGGCUAGUCACUCAUCCCUUCUUAGUAAUCCCCGAGUGUCCAGACCCACUCUUGGGUAGGGAUCUCCUCCACAAGUUACGUGCCACUAUCACCUUUGACGGCGGGGAGGAGCCCCGGAUUGAGGUAGGGGGGAAAUUACUCGUCACAGUGCCUAUAGGUGAAGAAUACCUCCUCUAUGAAAAGGAUCCUCCUACCGGUGGGGAGUUGUUAGAAAAAUGGAAGAGGGAAAUCCCAGGAGUUUGGGCCGAGACGAACCCCCCGGGCCUUGCAAAGGAACAGGCUCCAAUCCAUGUCCAGCUGACCAGCACGGCCCAGCCGGUAAGGGUGCGUCAGUACCCUAUGACUAUCGAGGCAAGGAGAGGGGUCCGUGAGAACGUUCGUAAGCUCAAGGCGGCCGGGAUCUUAGUCCCAGUUCAGUCUCCAUGGAAUACACCCCUGCUACCUGUAAAGAAGCAAGAGACGGGGGAGUACCGCAUGGUCCAGGACCUCAGAGAAGUGAAUAAGAGGGUAGAGACUAUACACCCCACGGUGCCGAACCCCUACACCCUCCUGAGCCUUCUGCCUCCCGACCGAACUUGGUAUAGCGUCCUGGAUUUGAAGGACGCCUUCUUUUGCCUCCCUCUGGCCCCCAAGAGUCAGUUGCUAUUCGCCUUCGAAUGGAAUGAC